AUGGAGGUGCAGCUGGCGCCGCUGCGGGCCUGGGAUGAUUUCUUCCCCGGUUCGGAUCGCUUCGCCCGGCCGGAUUUCAAAGACAUCUCGAAAUGGAACAACCGGGUGGUCAGCAACCUGCUCUACUACCAGACCAACUACUUGAUAGUGGCCGCCGCCGUUGUCUCCAUCGUGGGAUUUCUGAGUCCUUUGAACAUGAUUAUUGGUGGUACUGUGGUGGUGCUGGUGUUCAUGGGGUUUGUGUGGGUAUCACACAACAGGGAUAUACUCCGCAGGAUGAAGAAGCAGUACCCAACCACGUUCGUAGUGGUCAUCAUGUUGUCUAGCUACUUCUUGAUCUACUAUCUGGGAGAUGUCAUGGUGUUCAUGUUUGGGAUCACACUUCCUCUCCUCUUGAUGUUUGUCCAUGCUUCCCUGAGGCUCCGGAACAUAAAAAACAAGCUGGAGAACAAGAUGGAAGGAAUAGGCCUGAAGAAGACCCCAAUGGGCAUCAUACUGGAUGCUCUAGAACAGCAAGAGGAUAGUAUCAACAAACUGGCUGACUACAUAUCCAAAGUGAAGGAGUAAGCAGCUGCAACAUGGUAUUUUUAGCAGUUGCAGGAGUGUAGUUGCUAUUUACUAUUGUUCAAGCUUGCUUUCAGUUUGUGUACAAACCAGGAAAUGCACGUGGUACAGAUUAAUAGUUGCAGAAUACAGGUAUUCCAGGGUCUUCAGGGCUCCUCUAAGAACAUAAGAGCAGCAACAUUUUUUUCUAUUGUAUAGCAAAAUGUUCUGGUGUUUACACAAAUACAUACUAACUUAAACGUGUUUGCUUGUCUCUUCUUCUGGGGAGAGGUAGAGGAGAAAGAGAUGGAAACCUAUGGAAUGCGGUCUCUCAAACUGUCUUGUAGCAAAUUUGUCUGAUAAAAGUAACACCCCGUUCAUCUCACUUCUACAAGAUGGCAGUUCAGCCAGUUUAUGCUGGGUAGCAUCUUCAGGAUGGCAAUGAUCAGGGUGAGCUGGAAUGUAUGAAAAGUCUUUUGCAUCCUCCAAGUCCUUCACUUGAGUGGUCCACUUUAAGACCACGUUCCUAGCUUAACUAGCAAGCAGUAGAACUGUGCAAAUGCUUGUGAUGAAUAUGGGUUCCUGUCCUCACCUCACAUUCCUCCUUUAGCAGCUGGGAAACAGUCUAAAUAGGUCUAAGCAUGCAAAAUAUACAUGGCACUGUGCUGCUGUCAGUUCCAGUAAAAUGCACCUUUGAUCUCUCCAAAAUCUUGAUCUAUAGAAACUGCUCUUCCCUGCAGGAGAGCCAGACUCCCUUGCAGGUCAGCUAAACUAUGGCAAAUUGUGGGGAAAAAAAGAAUGUUUGCAGAUAGAUAUCUAUCUCAUCCAACCUAUUUCUACCCUAUUGAUGUAUUUUUAAUCCUGCUACUUUAGGACUUACCUUGUUCUGCUUUAGUCUGUAUAAGCUGUUUGUAGAUGGAGGUAUAUGUGUGUUCUCAAGCGUGGGUCACCUUUUUCUUUCUUAAGCAGAAUACAAAGCUAUAAGUAAAACAUGCAUCUCACUGACUAUGUGCUUCUGACACUCUUCAAAGGAAUAAACUGGAUUUCAGGUUUACAAGUAAAAGCAAUAAAUGUCAAGACACAGUUUUUGAAAACCCAUUCUAAAUUCAUGAAGCUAUUUGCCUGUCACAGCACCUGGAAGUGGUGUGGGGGAUUUUUAUAUACAUAUAUUUUAACUUAACUGCCACCUCUGAUAGAAUUAUCUUGAUGCUAGGAGCUUACAAACACUAGGGUGGGGAAAGUUGUCCAGGUGACACUCCAUUGCAAAUAUUCUUGCAUUUCUCUUUUCUAACGGAGUAAUUAAACUUACAAAAAAGCAAAGAUCCUUCAAGUUGAAGCUUUUAUGUAACUUACCAUGCUGUUUUCAUAGUGAACUGUGUAGAAAUCUGACAAUGUCAUUCCAUCUAAGUGUUGAAGUGAUCAGUAUUUAUUGAGGAUGUCUGUAUAUUCCAGCUGAAGAGUCAAUGGCUUGUUCCUCACUUGUAGCACAUGGUCUUUGUUUCUUCCCUUCGAGAACAUAGUAACCUAAGAUUUCAUCUUGACUGUAGAAUUUUAAAGAGCUACACAAUUAUGAAGGAAAAUAAAUUCUA